GGUUGAGAGAGAGACUGUGGAGUUCAAUCUCUUCAUUUAGUAUGACUUUUCGAUCAUAAACAUUAAAUUUUUCUCUUUAAUUAAUAUAUCUCUGCUUAAAGGAAGCUUAACACAACAAUGAAGCUAAGCAGAAGAGAGGUUCCCAUCUAUGGCCAAGCAAAGGUUUUUGCGCUGAUUCCCUCUGUACAAGAUGAAGAGGUGUUUGUGGUUCUUGAAGGCUCAACUCUAGUGCAUGUCCUGCAAACUAGAGUUCACGCCAUGCUGUACUUCAUUGUACCAGGUCAUAACCUGUCAGAGAUGGUGCGUGUCCGAGCGUAUAUUUUCACAGAUGAGACUGUGAUGUGUGUAGGCGUGUCAUAUCUGACAUACGUGGAGGAUGAUGCACAGGAACUGGCUGAAUUCCUGGUUACCCAUAGCGACCGCCUCAGCACCAGUGAGCACAGAGAUCUGAUUGGCCGAUAUGGUUUGAGUGACAGCUCAACAAAAGCAGAGAUGGAUGAAAAGAUCAGGCUGGCCCUAGCCAAUCUACACACCCCACACAACCUGCUCGGACAGUCCAGACAAGAAUCUCUCCUGCAUGUGUGUGUGCGUCUGGGGUUUGUGAGCGUCUCAGAGUUUCUCCUCUGUCAGCCUGGUGCCCUGAUGACUAUCCACUCACCCAAUCAGGAUGGGGACACGCCCCUUCAGCUGGCCCAGCAGACCAAUCAGCACGCUUUGAUAAAACUCUUCAAUCAGUAAUGUAUCCUUAUUGCUUUAAGCUUAUCUAUCGUUAAAAAUUUCAGAAAUAUCUUAUGCAGAAAAAAGUGACAGCUACAGUGCAUCCGGAAAGUCUUCAAAUUCAAAAAGACU